GAGACGCCUGGGAAGCGACCCUGGAGUCGGGCUUACAAGCAUGGAGCCCUCGAAAGAGGCAGCGAAACGGCAGCACUGACAUCACACUCGAAGAUUGGUGCAUCGCUUUGGGCGUGCCCUUCAAGGGGUACAACGACGACCUGCGCUCCGAGUACGUGCAACGGAUCCUCACAGCAGCGCGCCUACUUCCACCAAGCUCGCCUGCGGAACGCACGCCCCAAACAAGAUGGCCUCGCCACCUCACCACCGACUUCAUCACCACAUGGAUCGCGUCUCAAGGGAACGCCUGGGAAGCGACCCUGGAGUCGGGCCUACAGGCAUGGAGCCCUUUAAAGAGACAGCGGCACGGCAGCAGGGACAUCACACUCGAAGAUUGGUGCAUCGCCCUCGGCGUCACAUUCAAAGGAUUCCGCAACGACUUGCGCUCCGAGUACGUGCAACGCAUUCUCACGGCAGCUCGGUCGCUCGUGCAAGCAUGGCCGUCCGACAUCACCACCAGUUUCAUACGACCCAAGGACACCUCCGUCGAAGACUGGUGCGUCGCUCUGAACAUUCCUCUUCACAGCUACGACGAGACUCACCGACAACGCCUGACGGUUACGAUCGAGGACUGGUGCGCAGCCCUCCUCAUUCCGUUCAAAGGCUUCCGAAACGAUCUGAGGCCCCAGUACAUCCACCAAAUCGUCGACGCAACUGCCAUACUGCGAGCGGAGCCUCAGUGGCCCCACCACCUCGACGCGGCUUUCAUCAAGCAAUGGGCUCGCCAGCAUCCGGAAGAUUGGGAACGACACUUGCGCGCCUGGCUGCCCACGUGGAAACUCCACACCUCCCGCGCUGACGCCCCUGUCACUAUCACAGCCUGGUGCAUAGCGCUCGGCCUACCCUUCGACAAGCAACUCUGUGCCGCUCACGUACAGGAGUACAUCGAGAAGAUCGUUCAUCAGGUUCACCUGCUGCUGCGCAUCCCAAUUUGGGAACAACCUCUCCGCCUCUCCGCCGUCGUGCAGUGGGCUAAGCAACAUCCAGACGUCUGGCCUUCCUUACUCCAGCUCGCUCUCGACACUUGCCCUUUGCAGUCCACGCACAGCGACGUUGCGCUCGACCCCGCCCUCGACGCGUGGUGCCUCGCCUAUGACAUUGACUCCGCCGACCUGGGAA